AUGGACUUCCGCAGCGUUGACGACAUAGAGAAGCCUGCGAUUCAUCCAACAUCCAGUGGGCAUUGCAAGGAUUCAACAGGGAGGCAAAGGGGCAUAGGUUUCUCUUCUUUCCUGCUCAAGCAUGCUCGUUGCUCAUUGGCGAGACUCUUUCGCCUUCUCGACGUCCAGGCGUGGAGGACUAAUCGGCAGUUCGUCUCCGGAAGCAGAAGCAGGAUGAGGCAGCCAACAGCCAAAGUAUCUUGUUCGAUCAUGACACCGCAGAGAGCUGUUGCAGCAGGAGAUGCUCACCUGUCGGAGGCCAUCGAAGACUGCAUCAAGUUCCUUAAUUCUUCAUCCAAGAGAUCGUGCUAG